CUGACUUACUGUCUGUCUGCUGUCGUGAUAUCCAUCCAAAUUAUUGCGCCGCCUCCCGACUCUCCCCUCUUCUUCUUCUUCUUCUCGUCUUUUCUCCCUCUGCCCACGCCCGUUGCGCAUACACACCCACAUACCCACCCUUCCCUGCCCUGCCAUGCCUGUCGCUGCCAGUGCACUUCCCACCCUCCUGCUCCCCUCAGACUGCUGAUCGCCAACAUUGUCCGGCCCGGGGGGACAAAUGGAUGGGUCACCAUGCUACAAUCCAAAACCUUAGGCUCUUCAGCCUUUGGCACUGACCCAACUCACAAAGACGCCCUUAGAAGGCCAAAGCAUCCUGUCGACGCCCACCGACGCAAACCAUCGCUGCGACGCGUCAAGGACUCCCAGGAACAGUUGCGCUCUUCUCGCGCCCGCGCCCAGAGCAACGCAACCAUCGAGUCCUCCACCACGGCCACCACUGCAAACACCUCGGCUGGCGGUCGUUCCUUCACCGUCGCAAACAUCAACAACGGCAUCAUCUACCUUAGGCCUGUAGUGCGUCCUGCGAACCAGCGCAGCCGCCCGCUGCCAGACCCCGUCGCUUUCCCGCAGACACCACCAGACAGUGCUACCCGCGAGUCCGCCAACGACUCCUCGCUGCCCACCCCGAGCAAUGAGUGGGAGCCGAGCCUCUAUGGUCCUGCGACGACAAUCCGACCCGACUCCACUCCUUCCCAGCCCGCCCGCUUGAAGAAAGAUCAUGACAUCGUUCACAAACGUCCCACCCACUUCAACCCAACCGCAAGAUCCUCGAAUCAUAUCCGCUCCCAGUCCUUUUCCACUGUCGACGAACAAACCGUGGCCUCUCACAGCACCGAGCCUGGAACCUUCAAAGUCGUCAUCGAGAGAUCGCCCUUCAAACGUCCCAAAACCGCCGACACUGGCUCCUUCCCCGUUCUCGAGGUGCCCAUCCCUCACUACCGCCUGGGCGAACCGAGAUUCAGCUCGCGAGGAACCGCCAUUCUGAGGAGCUCCGCCUACACGAGCACAGCAGCAUCUGAAGAUCUCAGACCCUCUGAUUUCAGAGCCUCUCUGCUCACUCCCCACCACCCCGCUCACUCCCUCCCGUCUUCGCGUUCCGACGUAUACUCACCCCUCGCCUUCAGCUUUCGGGACACCAUGAUCCUUCCCCGCCAGCAAUCCAGCGAAUCCACUUCUGCCCGGAUAUCCAAACUUCCCAUAGGCCCACACAUCUACGACGCCCUGACCGCCGACCCCAACGAUUCUACCCUUGUGCGCUUCACAUCGUCGGGUGAUAUCCUUGCUGCCACUCCUUCCCGGUUAGUGGCCCAUAUCACCUCCCCCAGUUUCCUGGACUACGAGUUGCUUUCGGAUUUCUUCUUGACCUUUAGGGCUUUUCUCCCCAUACGCGAUCUCAUUGCCUAUCUCAUUGCGCGUCUGAAGUGGGCUGUUUAUCGUCAGGAUGACUUUGGGCGAAUUGUACGGGUUCGAACUUUUGUGGCCCUACGACACUGGAUUCUCAAUUAUUUUGUCGACGACUUUGUACCCGCUUAUGGACUGCGUCUCUAUUUUUGUGAACUGGUGAACAGCCUCCAUAACGACUUGCGGAAUCGCGAAGAUGGAGGUGGAGGAGAUAUUAAGAUAAUAGGCGAAUUGAAAAAAUGCUGGAGACGGACUUGCGCUUUGUACUGGGCCAGCGAAGGCGCUUUUAGCACCGAUGCCGUGGACGAACCGCUUCUGCCCGGUGGAGAGGGGGAAGCGCCGAGUGUGGUAGAUGAGCCGGUUCUCCACUCGAUACCUGUAGCACCGUCUACUCCUCCCAGGCAAAAUGGACGAGCUGCGAAGGUGGAAACCAUAAUGUCGAAUCCCAGCGAUCAUUUUGCCGGCAAGCACAUGGAAUGGGCUCAGAAAGCUCGCCACACCCCUCAAAACUCGCUGAGUUCCCCUUAUGUUCCCUCCCAGGAAUACAGUAGCGGCGGCCAAGUGCCCCUUUCCCCCGCGAGCGAACGCAGUAUGCAGGUUCUGUCAUGCUCCAUUCCAGUCCGCGGGUUGAACAAGGUGGAUCCAGCUGGUGAUAUGCCACUUUACCCACAUCCCGUACCGCAUCCAGUACCGCACCCCGUCCCAGCAGGCCCUCCUCGUCUAGCCCACGUUUCGCAAAAGGGAGGCUCAAGCAAGCCCAACCGACCCCAUGGGCACAAACGCAGUGGCAGCUUUUCUGAUGCGUUGAGGGACAAUAGAGCACCAUUGUCCCUCCCCAAGAAUGCGGGCAUAGAUGUUGCGGUUUCUGUCGUUUCGACAAUACCUGGAAGUCUGAUCCGUGGAGGUAUUUUCCAGCCCAGCUCCCCUUACCUCGACGUAAAAAACGGCGGAUUACGACACAUGCGGUCUCAUUUCGAUUUGCCACCUGUAGAGGCAUCGGGCGGUGAAUUGACCAUGAAAGGAGGGUAUGCUACCAAUCCUGGCAUGAAGAAGCUAUUCGGGAGCGUUCGCCGAGCGUUAAGCAGCAAACACCCUUCACUUUCAGCCCCACAAUUAUCCGGCAUGGGUCCACAUCUUCAAGGAUCACCAUCAACGCGUUCGUCCAGCCCAGGAAAUAUGCUGACCACGUCUGGAGGUUUGCAUAAACGUCGACAAGCUCGGCCCAGACCUCAGGUCCGCAUCGAUCUUCUGGCUUCUCUGGUGUCGGAGAGCUUCAAAGAUGCAGUCAUAGAGCAGAUGAGCAGGGAGGAAAAACAGAAUUCAAUUGGCAAUACACCAGAUCUGGGCGGAUUCGAAUUCGAAUUCGAGAAACACGAAUCAGGCAGUCUUGAGGAGCCGAUACUCUCAGCCAAACAGGUUGAUCCUCGGAUCAACAGUGUCAUCACUUCCGGGAGCAAGUCUAUACUCAUUGUCGAUGAUACCGGUGCUCCCCCGGUGCCCAUGAUGUCGGGUGCUUUGCUUAACCCAGAGAACGAAGGUACCGAACCAGUGAACAAUCAGCCAGAGCAACGGGCCAUUUCGAUCAAUGAACAUAUCCAGGGCGGGAACCCAACUGCAGUGCACUCAUUGCACGCGGGCAGCGAGACCGACAUGCGACGCCAUGUCUUACGUACCUUGCAUCAACCCUCCUUGAGUACUCAAAGAAGGUCAAUGUCUGCUGGCCGCGAGCAGAUGCACUCGUUCCGGCGUCGUGGUUCCACCAAAACUUCCAUGUCACGCCCAGCAUCCCUGCGAAGGCAUUCGUCCUACAACAGUGGGCUAGGCAGAGCACAUGUCCCCAGUGUAGCCACCUUCCAGACUAUGUCAUCUGAUAAUGAUCCAUUUUUCUUGGAUCGAGAACCCAGUGAUGAUAUUCCGCGGCCAACUCGCCAGCUUCGCCGUAGACCAGGCGGUGAUCUCCGCGCUGUUGACAAUGUACAUGAUUUGGAGCAACCUCAACGACCGCAUUCAACUGGCACGGUUUCAAACCGGACUCAUUCGAUCGCCAAUUCUAUCAUACUCCGCUCCGAUCGUUAUAUAGAACCGUUCGAGAAAGCUGAAGUCCUACACACGAACCGUAAUACAAGCCACAGUUUGGAGACAGAAAAAGAGGACAAGCAAAAAACGAUUUCUUUGGUUGCAACGCAUUCCUCUCAGCCAGACAUGAGACGUUCCUUCGAGCUCGAAGUAGCCAAACUUGCCGCUUUGCCAGACGACGUAGACGAUGAUGGAGGCAUAGAGUCGACGUUGCUCAAACUAGAGGGUAGAUAUGAGAAAAGAUCACCUACAUUACCGGGUAGCCCUAUUGAAGCGCUACCAACGGUAGGCGCCAACCCCGAAGAUCACCAGCCGGAAGGAGACCAUACCAAACCUUCCAGUCCACCCUUUGUGGCAUCUGAAGUUAACUCGCCUCAAACGCGAAUUUAUGCGAAAGGCGAUGACGUCUUCCAUAGACCGCUCGCCGCACCUGAUGCUGAGGGUCAGGUUAUGUACCGCUUAUCAGGAGAGGCUUUCAAUGGCAGACUUCCUGCUGUUCAUUCGACUAUAGGAUCUGACGAUUCUUACUCAUCGAUUCCUCUUCUUGAUCGAGGUCUUUCGCCGCGGGCGGGGACAAUGGAAACCAUGCGUUCGUCUGCCAAACCUGCCCCUCUUCAGCCUAUGGCCUCCAGUCACUCCAAACAACAAACAGCACAAAACGUAUCUACCCACUCUUCAACUGAGUUGAUUGUCGAAACCGAGAGUAUGAGAAAAAUACCCAAAGACGGCGUUUUGCCUGUACAUGCAAACGAAGAAGACUUCAGUGACAUGGGAUCAUCUCGAGGUACUAGAUCUGAUAAUACGAGUCAGGGUGUACAAAGCUUCUACGGAGACGAGCCGGUGGUUGGCAGUAAAGAGCUCUUGCCAUCCCAUCCCAUGCGCCAUCCACCUACGCCUCCUCUCACAGCCAAUCGACCAAAAGAGGCCCUGCCUGAAGUCGACACAACAGUUUUCAACCAGGGUUUGCCGACUCCUGGCCUCACCCCAACAUCGCGUCUUCAAAACCAGCCCUUCGGGCAAGCGAACGUGCCAGCGGAACCCAGCAUCGAGCUACAUGAAUUGAAGAAGGAUAGUGCCGCUUCAACUACACACCUUCCUUUCGUUCUUGCGUACGACUCCGAAGUACUUGCCCAACAAUUCACCAUCGUUGAAAAGGAUGCGCUCGACGAAAUCGACUGGCGUGAAUUGAUUGAACUUCGAUGGAAACAAUCCUCGCCUGAAAUCCGAGACUGGGUGCAGUACCUUCGCACAUCGGAGGCUCGUGGAGUAGACGUGGUCAUUGCCCGGUUCAACCUUGUCGUCAAGUGGGCAGUUUCGGAAUGCAUCCUCACUGAGAGCAUGGAGGAGCGCGCAAGGUGCAUUGUCAAAUUCAUUCACAUCGCCGCGCAUGCCCGACGCUUGCGCAACUAUGCAACCAUGUACCAAUUGACCAUUGCCCUCAUGUCUAACGACAUAGCGCGACUACGAAAAACAUGGUCAUUAGUUCCUGCUGCUGAGAUGGAAACUAUGCGCUAUCUCGAAGCUCUUGUCCAACCACUACGCAAUUUCCAUAUCUUGCGCCUGGAAAUGGAAACCGCAGCUGUUGACGAAGGAUGUAUACCUUUCAUUGGCAUCUACACUCGGGAUCUCAUUUAUAACGCACAAAAACCAGCUUUCGUUGAGGCACCGCCAGUCAAUGGCGAACGGCUGGUGAACUUCGAGCGCCACCAUAGCGCGGCGACCAUAGUCAAGUCUCUUCUCCGCCUUCUCGAAGCCUCUUCCAAGUACGCUUUUAAGGUCGAGCCUCACAUCAUCAGCAAGUGUCUAUGGCUUGCAGCACUCAGCGACGAUGACAUAACAAAAAGGAGUCGGAGCUUGGAGUAAACUGCUUCUCACUUCAAUCUCCAUGCACUUUCAUCUAUUGCCAGGCGUUUGUCACCAUCACGGCAUUUCUAGGUCCGGAGUUCCCCAGCGAUCGUUUCUUUUCCUCAUCUACUUCGCCCCAUAUAUCGAUUCUAGUACGCGCGUCAUCAUUAAUAAUACCCCGGGUGCAACACAUCACCCUCUCACCGUUGCUUUUUCUUUGCCACAUUUAUCAGCGUAGUCAAGCGGCUCCUGUUCAGCGUGCUCAGCGACAUUGCGUCUUACCAACUUUGAACGUUAACGACGUCCCACACAUCGACUCGAAUCUCCUUGCUCUUGCUUUCUCCAUUUCCAUGUAUCCAUGUCUUUUCUAUUUACACCUACCUCGAUUCCCCGGCUUCUCUUC